UGGUUGGGGCUUCUGGGAGUUCUACCCGCACACCUCCCUGCCUGCCUGCCCGCCCACCCUUGAGGCGCGCCUAUCUGUCCCGGCCGGGGCAGGACUAGGAAGCUGUUAUACGAUCGAUGUCUUUGUGUGCGAACGCUUACGAGAGAGAAUUGCGGUUCGUCGGCACGUGCAUAUUUCCAUAAUGUGUGAAGCAGGCUUCCAUCCCGGCCGACAAAACGAGUAAGGGGAGAUGUGAUCAUUGAGCGACUCUUCUGAGGAGAGCGUAGCAGCGAGUCGUUUCGGAACCAGAGACAAGAGAACAUGGGACACCCCCCUUUGGAGUUCAGCGACUGCUCGGCGGACAGUCCUGGUUUCAGGGAGAGACUAAAGUGCUAUGAGCAGGAGCUGGAGAGGACCAGCCGCUUCCUGAAGGAUGUCAUCAAGGACGGUAACAGUGUGAUCAGCGCAAUCAAGAACUACUCCUUGGCUGUCCAGAAGUUUUCACAGACCCUGCAGUCCUUCCAGUUUGAUUUUAUUGGAGAUUCCCUGACUGAUGACGAGAUGAAUAUUGCUGAGUCUUUUCGGGAGUUUGCAGGACUACUGCAAGAAGUAGAGGACGAAAGAAUGAUGCUGGUUCAGAAUGCAUGUGAUUUACUAAUCAAGCCCUUGGAGAAAUUUCGCAAAGAGCAGAUUGGUGUGACUAAGGAGAAAAAGAAGAAAUUUGAGAAAGAAGGAGAAAGAUUUUAUUCACAAUUGGACAAACACUUGCAGUUAUCUUCUAAGAAGAAGGAAACCCACCUACUGGAGGCAGAUGUUCAACUAGACAAGGAGCGCCUCAAUUUUUAUGAAGCAUCAGUGGAGUAUGUAUACCAGAUUCAACAGGUGCAGGACAGAAAGAAGUUUGAUGUUGUGGAGCCAGUACUGGCUUUUCUUCACAGCUUGUUCACUCUGAACAAUCUAACUGUAGAAAUGAGCCAAGACUUCAUGCCAUACAAGCAACAGCUUCAGCUCAGCCUACAGAAUACACGAAACCGUUUUGAAAGCACACAAGAAGAGAUGGAGGAGCUAAUGAAGCGAAUGAAAGACUCACCGCAGCUGUGCAAGAUUCCAGGCCAACCAAUAAUUGAAGGAUACCUCUACUCACAGGAAAAGUGGGCACUGGGUGUGACCUGGGUAAAAUAUUACUGUAAAUAUGACAAGGACAACAAGCUACUCAUUAUGAAUUCCACUGAACAGAAGACUACAGGGCGGACGAGUACUAUUGAGUUAAAGGUCAAGUCCUGCAUUCGACGGAAAACUGAUUCCAUCGACAAGAGGUUCUGCUUUGAUAUUGAAGCAUAUGACAGGCCUGGGACUAUUACCUUACAGGCACUCUCAGAAUCGAACAGACGGCUGUGGAUAGAGGCAAUGGAUGGCAAAGAGCCUAUUUACCAUUCUCCCAUUGCGAAGCAGGCAGAAAUGGAACUUAAUGAAGUUGGCUUCAGGUUUGUCAGAAAAUGCACCAAUGCUGUUGAGACCAAAGCAAUCACACAAGAGGGCGUCUACAGGACUGUUGGCAGUAACAUCCAAGUACAGAAAUUGCUGAAUGCCUUCUUUGACCCAAAGUGCCCAGGAGAUGUUGACCUUCAAAGUGGGGACUGGGAUGUGAAUACCAUUACAAGCUCAAUGAAGUUUUACUUGCGGAGUCUGUCAGAGCCGCUGAUGACGUACAAACUCAAUCGAGACCUCAUUCUAGCUGCCAAGUCAGACAACCUUGACUAUCGGUUGGGAUCCAUCCAUUGGCUGGUGUACAAACUACCAGAAAAGAAUCGAGAAAUGCUGGAGCUGCUCAUUAGACACCUAGCUAUUGUCUGUAGUCACUGUGAAGAGAACCUGAUGAGUGCAUCUAACAUGGGUGUGAUCUUUGGGCCAACUUUGAUGAGGGCACAAGAAGAAACAGUGGCAGCCAUGAUAAACAUCAAGUUCCAGAACAUAGUUGUGGAGAUUCUUAUUGAAGACUGUGAAAAGAUCUUCUCUGCUCCCCCAGAGGACCCAGCACUACCUCCACUUCCUCCACCACGGGCCCCUCCCCGGAAACGGCAGCCAAUCACCAUCUCCAAGCGCCCCCCACGCCCACGGCCUCUUGUCAACCAUAUCCAUUCCCAAGAGGCCAACGGCUCUAGCAGCUUGCCUAUAAAUGGUGCUGAACCAGAAGUUGGCACACAGUCAAGCCCCAUCCCUCUGCAAAGGACGAAGCUAUCAAACUGCAGUCCCCGGAUCAGUGAGGGUGAGGAAGGGAUUAGGGCUGCCCAGCUGUUAAGAGUGGCACCACGCACUGAGCGGCACUCAGACUCUGAAGUAGCAAAGUUGGUGUCUCGGAUCCAGGAUACAGCCAAUGGGGAAGGGAGCAAUAACUCUGCUGGUAGCUCAUGGACAUCACCCUCUGGGACAAGGCAGCCAGUGCAGCGCAGCACUGCCAUUAGCAGAGAUGGGGAUGGUGUGACAAAAAACAAGUUACCAGGAGAGAAGCCAAUUAUCACAAGACCUCCAAUGAGACCCCCUGAUCCCCCAAACAGAUCCCCGGCUUCCCAGAAACCAGCAUGCCCAGAAACAACAGAGGAGAUUCCUUCUUCUUCUUAUGUUGCAUCCAAAGCGAAGUUUUUUGAAAAUGCUUCAAGGCAGUCUGGGAGCAGUUUCAUAUCUUCUUCAUUCACUGGAGCUUCGGCGAGAGAUGAGACUUAAAAGAAGAGACUUUUUGGCUGGUAGCUCUUCUCUCAUUGCCACCCAGUUCCUCAUGUUCCCUCUGCUGUGCCAGGAGGAGUCAACCCGUUAGCAAUGCUGAGGAACCAUCUUCCCACUCCAGCUCUCUGUGGCAUGGCACUUAAGAGAAACUGCAGCCUUCUCCUUCUGUUUUGAAUCCCUCAUUGUCACCUGUGGUCGCCAUUAAGAGAAUAUUGCACAAAGGACACUGCUAAAGUGUGGAUUUGCUUUUCAGAACUGUAGGAUCCCAGAUCUGUCAGUUUAAUGGCCUCAUGUCACUACUCCUUGGUGCCUUUUGUUUUCCAAGUGGAGAUAUGAGAACUGUGCUAAGAUAUCUCUUAAGACCCAUUCCCAGUAAAGAACUUUUUACUCCUCUGCAGUGCACAACUGGCAUUUGAAAAGGUUUCACUUAACAGCCAGUGGUGAUUGUUCUCCGUGUCGUACAAAGCUGCCUUUCUUCAUAUUGAUGGUGCCAUUUUGGUCUCUUGUUAUUGACGCUCGCCUUUUCUUUGUACCUCUGUGCUUUGUUGUCACAUGGACUCCCGUGCUUUUCUUAACUGUUUAUGUCUCCCUUAAUGUGAAUGUGAAAUGUGAAGUGCUCCCGGCUAUUUUUUUUUUUUGUGGCCAUCACAAUUCUUACGUGGUGAACGCUAUCACACCACUAUUAUUGUGUUAGCAAGGUGUUCCUUCACAAAGAGAGCAGCCCAGACAAUCUGGUGUUGUUAUGCAAAUGCUUUGUCAAAUCUAAAGUGCUUGGGUGGGGUGAGUGUUUGUCAUACCCUACGCAUCUGAAGGCUGCCAUUUGCCUACUUUUCCUGUGAAGUGCUACAGCUGGACUGGAGACUUGUUUCUUAUGAUCUUCUCCCCAGGAGUCCCUCUUAGACCUUAGCUCCCAAGUGCAAGUGCCACUAGCAGCCUUAUGACCUGUUACUUUGUCCCAUCCGUACAGCCUUCUGUAAUGCCAAUAGGACCCCAGUAGAGGCAUAGCUGUUAGGCUGUCAUGAAUAUCCUGUUUUUUUCGCACUGACUGUCACAUGUGUCUGUCAAAGGCUUGUUGCAUGAGCUGUUCUGCCAGAAGUUUCCAGAUGUGGUUGCCUCCUCCCCACCCUUCAGCUUUCAUUUCCUGAUACUUGAACUAUCAGCGGUCCAAUAAUCUGUCCGACUCUUUUCUUUUAAUAUCUCUUAAUGAACGUGGGGUGGAGGUAGAGACAACUGUCGGGCUGAUGGCCUGUCACCUCAGUGACAUCAUUUGGUAAGGAGGGGGAAACAUGGCUGGAAGGCUGACACCCAUGUUUGUUUUGGUAGUUGUCACUGGCUGCAUUUCUCUGAUGGAGACAUAUCGAUCUUGGUUCACUCGCACCUUCACGUUCAGCUUUAUUCUGAUUGUUCCUUUGGUUACUUGGUAGGAGUACUGCUAGGGGCUUGAUGACCUGUUGCUUCUUACCAUCCCUGCAGAGAUGCCGCUGGCCGACUGUUUACUUGUCCUACUCCCUCAAACCCCAAUGCCUUUUAUACUAGACAACAGAUCUCUCUCUCAUGUUGUCUCACUUCAACAUUUCUGGCUGGCUGUCUUGUGCUGCAGUGCCAGAGAGAUGUCAAGCUUGUACAACUGGUGUCAGCGUUGGGGGAAAGGGGAGUUACAAGCACAAAAUGUGACACAUCCACAUUUAUCUUCCUGCUGGCCAUAUGUUACUUAAAGAAAAAAAGUGAAUAUGUUGCUUUCAUAGACGACAGCUGUGUUCUUGUAAGACUGUCUUGUGAUGUUGGUACGUUUUUUAAUGUUCAGAUUGUGGUCUUUUUAUUGUAUGCUGCUUAGGAUGGGUGCUACAUGGUGAGUAAGUCCUGUACCGUUCAGAACUUCCAAUAAAUACACAAUUAACCAGA